UUUUAGUUUCCUGGAACAGCAUUCUCCAAUCACUAUGUGAGAGUAGACAGGCAAAACCUAGGACACGUAGCUUUGCUUCUGUUAGUAUGAAUCUAUGUCUUUUUAGACCUCUGUUUCUUGCAUAGCUCUUUUUGGCACUUUUGGCUUUGAAUCAUUGUGACAGAACCAAUAUAGAGAAUUUUUGUAACUAUUUGAAUUUUGAUCAUUAGUACAGAUGGUUCGGUUUUGCACCUGAUGUGUAUUUAUCUGAGGUACCUUGGAUAUGGGAACUCGAAAUAUUUUGUGGAAUGUUGCAAACAAAUACUUCACCUUUGGGCUUGUGGGCCUCACUAUUUCCGAUCGAUAUGCAAGUAUCGUUCCUGUGCGGGGUGGCUCUAUGUCUCCUGCAUUUAAUCCUCAACCCAGCACCUUUUCAGAUGACUAUGUUUUGGUGGAGAAGUUUUGCCUCGAAAAGUACAAGUUUUCACAUGGCGAUGUUGUAGUUUUUCGCUCCCCGAGUAAUUACAAGGAGAAACACAUAAAGAGAAUAAUUGCCUUACCAGGUGACUGGAUCGGAACUACUCAUAAUUCCUAUGAUGUGCUGAAGAUUCCAGAAGGACAUUGCUGGGUAGAGGGUGAUAAUUCAGCUUCUAGCAUGGACUCCAGAUCUUUUGGCCCGAUUCCUCUGGCUUUAGUUCAAGGAAGGGUGACCCACAUCGUGUGGCCUCCUGAGAGAUUGGGUGUAGUUGAGAGAAGAUAUCCUAAAGAAAGAGUUUCUUCUUUCUAAAUGGUUAUUCAGCUCCGAGUCUCAUCUUGUGUGAGAGACAUUUUUUUUAGGUGGGGUUUGGGGCAUUUGCCGAGGCAGCAUUUUUUUUUU